AUGAGUAUUUUCAGCACUUACAUUCGGACAAGAGGUCGAACUGAUCUGGGGAAGUACGGUCUCAUGUCAGAGGAACAACCCUAUGAAUACACUUUAUUACAGAGGCAACGCUGGUCUCUAAUGACAGUCCUGUAUCUCAGUGUGCGCUACCUUGGACUCUUAUAUGUUACCCUGAAUAUCAUGGGCUGGAUUAUGUACGCCGUGCGGGAAUGGACGGGUGUUGUGGUAGACGCAAUGCUGUGGGUCAUUAUGAUCACUCGGUUGUAUGCCAUGUAUCAAGGAUCCAGAAAGAUCCUGAUGCUGCUCAUUGUCACCUUCCUGGCUAACAACAUUUUUGACGGAGUGGUCGCUGUAAUGACCAUGAUGCAAGCUUCAGGAGAGGAAUUUAUUCUCUCCGGCACUUAUCAGUGCCAGGUCAACUACUGGGGAAGAUAUCGUACUCCUGGAUUCCAUUACUUGGAUACUUGGAACUUUGUGGGAGGUCCUCGCGCUAUGUCUUGCAGUCUGGAUUGUGGUGAAACACUUCCGUGA